GUGGUCUGUCCAGUUGUCGAUAGUCGACACUGUUUGAGGCGGGCGGUCCUCAUCCGGAUUGUAUUGUAAAAGAUAAUCGGUCGUUACACUACAUCUGUGCUGUUUGUGCAUUUAACUCAGGUACAAACUUCAGUGGAAAACCAUGGCUUCUUCGGACGUUGCUCGGCAGCCGGAUAAAGGAGUACGACCCCUGAACCUGGCUGGUCAUGUGGGUUUCGACAGCCUCCCAGAUCAGCUCGUCAACAAAUCCAUCUACCAGGGUUUCUGCUUUAAUAUUCUCUGCAUUGGUGAAACUGGUAUCGGCAAAUCUACUCUUAUGGAUACCUUGUUCAACACCAACUUUGAGAACUUUGAGUCGUCUCACUUUGAGCCGCAGGUGAAGCUGCGGGCUCAGACGUAUGACCUACAGGAGAGCAAUGUUCGCCUGCGCCUCACGGUGGUCAACACUGUGGGCUUUGGAGACCAAAUGAACAAACAGGAAAGCUAUCAGCCAGUGGUGGACUACAUCGACAGACAGUUUGAGAGCUAUCUGCAGGAAGAGCUAAAGAUCAAACGCUCUCUGCACAACUACCACGACUCACGAGUCCAUGCCUGCCUUUACUUCAUCUCCCCCUCAGGCCACUCACUAAAAUCUCUGGACCUGGUCACCAUGAAGAAACUAGACAGCAAGGUGAACAUCAUCCCUGUCAUUGCCAAAGCUGACACGAUCAGUAAGAGUGAGCUACACAAGUUCAAAAUCAAAAUCAUGAGUGAACUGGUCAGCAAUGGUGUCCAGAUUUACCAGUUCCCACUGGACGACGAAACUGUGGCCAAAGUCAACACCACCAUGAACGGGCACCUGCCUUUCGCUGUUGUUGGUAGCACAGAGGAAGUGAGUGUGGGCAAUAAGAUGGUGAAGGCACGUCAGUAUCCCUGGGGUGUUGUACAAGUGGAGAACGAGAACCACUGCGACUUUGUGAAGCUGAGGGAAAUGCUGAUCUGUGUCAACAUGGAGGACCUGAGGGAGCAGACGCACACUCGCCACUACGAGCUGUACAGACGCUGCAAACUGGAGGAGAUGGGAUUCAAAGACACCGACCCGGAGUGCAAACCCGUCAGUUUGCAGCAGACUUACGAGGCCAAGCGUCAGGAGUUUCUGUUGGAGCUGCAGAGGAGAGAAGAUGAGAUGAGGCAGAUGUUCGUGCAGAGGGUGAAGGAGAAAGAAGCCGAGCUGAAGGAUGCUGAAAGAGAGCUGCAGAGUCGUUUCGAGCAGUUGAAGCGCCUCCACGCCGACGAGAAGGCGCAGUUGGAGGAGAAGAAGCGACUUUUGGACGAGGACCAGAGCUCCUUCAGUAAAAGACGAGCCGCCGCGCAGCUCCUGCAGGCCCAGAGUCUCACUGCCAAUGGCAAGAAGGACAAGGACCGCAAGAAUUCUGGCUUCAUGUGAAGACUGAAGUACCACUCCACUCUCACCAGUAUAACCUGCAGCAUUUUGCCCAUUUUUUUUCCUCAAUGGGACCACGCUCACAUCCUUGACCAGGAAAAAUCCUAAACAAAGCAGCAGCAAGUGACAUCGAAUUUGUGCCAAAGUUUAAUGACUGUACCCAAGAAUACUGUGUACUGUUAGUAUUUUAAUCCCCUUUAUAUAUAUUUUUUACCUCUUUGUGGAAUAUGUUGUAUUUAUCCUCUUUUUUUUUUUUUAUAGAAAAACCUUUUGUUAGGAUUGAUUCUUCUCACUAGGUGCUUACGACAGUUAGAAACACACAGAGGUACUAAUAACAGAAUAUGUUAUCUCUCGUCAUAAUGUAAGACGUUUACAUGUCUUUUAUUCUACCACACCAGCCUCACGACUGUCUUGCCACGAGUUGUUUUCAUAAUUUAUUUUGUACUUUAUAGCAGUGUUUCCCAACCUUUUUUGGGCCAUGGUGCAUCAUGACAUUUAAAAAAAAAAUCUUUACACAGUAUGACACCUGGGCCUGUUUAGUUGAACACAACACUGAUAUACUCGCAGAAAUUAAAAGUGGUUUCACUCCAGUCCAAAGAAAGUGGUUGGAUAAUGUCCCACGGUACACCGGAUGAUCUUUCACGACACACUAAUGUGCCACGGCACAGUGGUUGGGAACCACUGCUUUUUGGGAUUAACUUGGGACAUCCAUGUGGAACAUUGCUGACAAUCUGUAGAGACGCCGUGUAUUUUAAUCCUGGUUCUACUCAUUCUGCUGAUACCAGGGAGUGUCACAGAGUCCACGUCUGAAAAGGGAAUUUUAAUUGUUUUAACAACACGUCCUGAAGUUACGUUUGCUGCUUUCAUCUUUUAUAGCGUUCCGAAUAACGGUCACAGGGCAUUACAACUACACGUCUUCUUUUUUCCUCCUUGUUUUUUUUUUUUUAUUACUCUCUUUUUCUAGUGCUAUCGACCUCCAGCAGAAACACAACUAAGUAAAAACAUUAAAGCUGAAGGAGUCUUCCUUACUCCUGUCACACAUCCAGGGGGAAAUAAUUAAAUGUGGAACAUCUCGUGUUCAAUUACACGUUUUACCAGAGGGGGAAACUAAGGCUUGGGUACAAUUUACAGCAUAUACUAUAUAUAUAUAUAUAUAUNUUAGUGCUUGCACUGAAGAUGGUUUUAUCAAGUCAAGUCUCCUGAGGGGGAAAAGGAAGAGAGGCAGUAUGUGCAACAUUAAAAGCAUUUUUUUUUUUUAAAUCAAAAUUUCCCUGUAGACGUGAACAGAACGGUGUUUCUCUUUUCUUUUUUUUCUUUUUCUAACCCUACAGAGUAAACCAGAACACUAGUGCUGGUCCACUGGUCCAGUCUCUUUGACACCAACAUCUACACAGUACAGUGACGCGGCCACUUUAUUUUUACAUUUGUGCUUAACAUGUUCUAGUGCCUUACCUAGGAAAACACAAUUCACUUGGAACCCCAGAGAUUACAUCAGCGUUAAUGGAAUAAAGAGACACGUUUGUAUAACACAUAAUGUAUUUAAGCGAUAAACAGUGUUAUUUGGGAGCUUUGUUUUUCCUUCUUGCUCAAUAAAUCUUUGUAUUUUUGUCAUGA